GAGCUCAGGGGCACCUCCUGCUCCUCCCUUGCAGUGCAAAGCAGCUCCGGGCUGUGCACUGCAUCUGCAGGCCCAGGAGCCAGCAAAACGCACGGCACGGAUGGAGCACGGAGGUGUGCAAAGCAGAGGGUUGUGCAGGGGGGUGGCGCUGUCCCAGCGUCCUGCUGUGGGCUGGGGGGGCAGCGAGGUUUUGCUCUCGGUGCAGAACAAAGGCAGUGGGUUUGGCGCUGCUUUCCCAGCACAGAAAGCAAAUGUUCCCUUCCAACAGGCAGCUCCUGCACGCAGUGUCUGCAAAGCACAAGGCCCGUCCUGCGGCAGAUACGCAGAGCAGCUGUUCCAUCUCCUGCCCCAGUCUGAAGGAUUUGGUGGAAAAAAUUGCCCUUAAACACAGCCCUGAGAUGGGGAUUCAUGGGUGGCACUGCGUUAAUGGAUUGAGUCACCCUGCUGUCGCCUCCCACAAAUAAAAAACCACGGCCCUUUUGCAUUGUGAGAUAGCCAGGGAUGGACCUGUCGGCCAACCAGGACGAGGAGGGCGACCAGGAGACCUACCAGCUGGAGAUCAACAAGGACACCAAGAAAUGCGCCUUCCGCACCUACACGGGCAAGUACUGGACCCUCACCUCCAACGGGGGCAUCCAGUCCACCGCCUCCACGAAGAACGCCAGCUGCUACUUCGACAUCGAGUGGUGUGACAAGCGCAUCACCCUGCGGGCUGCCAACGGCAAAUACGUGACAGCAAAGAAGAACGGGCAGCUGGCAGCCUCCAUGGAGACGGCAGGUGAGACGGAGCACUUUGUGAUGAAGCUGAUCAACAGACCCAUCAUCGUGCUGCGCGGCGAGCACGGCUUCAUCGGCUGCCGGAAGGUGACCGGCACCCUGGACUCCAACCGCUCCUCCUAUGACGUCUUCCAGUUGGAGUUCAACGACGGAGCCUACAACAUCAAGGAUACCACUGGGAAGUACUGGAUGGUGGGCAGCGAGUCGUCCGUCACCAGCAGCAGCGAUACGCCCGUGGACUUCUUUUUUGAGUUCUGCGACUAUAACAAAGUGGCCAUCAAAAUCAAUGGCAAAUACCUGAAGGGUGACCACGCCGGGGUCCUCAAGGCAUCCGCCGACACCAUCGACGCCUCCACCCUCUGGGAAUAUUGAUGCACUUUAGCGAGCCUCCCAUUGCCAACCUCUCUUUCCCCUGUCCGUGUUUGUUUUUUUUUUUUUCUUUUGUUUUUUGUGUUUUUUUGAUUUAAUUUCUCCUCUCUGUACAAGGAUUUCCAGCCUGGCUUGCCCUCCCCUUAGAGCCCAGUGCGUGGUGUUGGAGGUGGUCUCCCUUCAUCUCAUUAGAAACUGGAUCAGUCGCCCAGCGGUGCGGUGCAGCCUAUCAUUCCAAAGGGGUUUUUUUCCCCUCCAUCUCUGCUCGGGGGCUGCCGUGCCCACCCUGGCCCCGAGCAUCACCUCAGCCCCUUCUAUUUUCCCUUCCCCCCCAAAAAGAAACAAAAAAAGAAGGAAUAGGGUCGCCUCUGAGCUCCCCUCUGCCAUACCCUCACUCUGUGCCCCGAGGUCCCCGUGGGGCUGUGCCCCUGUUCCUGUCCCCAGCAGCAGGUCUGUGCCCCACAUUGGUGACAGGAGGACAGGGUGGGGGCACGCAGCCCCCCUUCCUCCCCCAUUGCUGGGCGUGGGCACCAGCUGGCAGCAAACCUGCAGCCGUGGGUUUGCAGAGCAGACAAAUUCCUUCGCAAACUUUGCACAGUGAGAUUUGCUCAGUACUUUUUUUGUUGUUGGUUUUUGUUUGGGAUUUUGUUAGUUUGGUUUAUUUUUUCUUUCCUCAUUGAAUACUGGAACGGUGAUGCCAAUCACUGAGCGCCCAUUGCUGGGCUGGGGGGCUCCUGUGGGCUCCUCCUGAGCUGCGGCCGCGUGCCACCUCCUGACUGGAAACAGAAAACAAAUAAUGACCAAAACAGUAUUUUUGUGAGCCUCUAUUUAUGUAUGCUGUGGGCAGCACUGUGUUCUGCACUCGGUGCAACGAUGCUGGUGAUGCCCGGCCGUUCCUCGUGGCGUUGGGGUGCUUCAUCCUUCGGCCUCCCUGCGGACACCGCAGCGCCUUUCACCCCCCAGCCCCAACCUGAGGCUGCUGGCGGUGCCACCGCCGUGCCAUAAGCCGGGGCUCUGCAGCCUUAAAGCUCUGCCACCCCUCCAGCAGGGCUCGGUGCUACGCUCCCACCGCCCCGUCCCCAGCACCCGCUGCCUCCCAAGGAAGAAGUGUCCUGAUGGAGCCCCAGUGGCCCCGUGCCCUGGCGCACACUGCUGCCUUCGCACCCGCCGUGUCUCCUUCGUGUCCCCCCACCCCGCUCCGGCUCUGUGUGACUUUAGGUCCUCACCUCCUGUCUCCUCUCCUCGGGUGUUGUGACCCUCCGUAAGCAUCUCACUCUGAAAUUUAAGUCUGGGGGGGUUUUGUUCGUUUCGGGGUGUUGGUUUUAGUACCUUUUAUUUUUUUUUUUUUCCCUAAUUAUUAUUAUUAUUUUUUUUUUGUAAGUGCCAUUUGUAUAACUUAAACAACGACAGAAAUAGCUUCAAACUGGAGAAAGAUGAAUAAUAAAAAAAAAAAACAAGACC